ACACACACACACCGCAGUGUUCCAUUACUAUAAAGAAGUGUUCUUUUUCUUAAUUAUGUGGAUUUUAAACUGUGGACGGGAACUUUCAGGAGUUUGAUUGAUUUUCUUUUCCAGAAGAAGAAUAACAUUCUUCACAGCAGAAUAUAAAGGUCUCAAUCCGGGACUCUGCUCGCAGCCGUGGCCGUGCUGAGGUAAGGAUUUUGGGGAAUGGUGAGGAAUGCUGGGAAUGUUAGAUCAGGGCCUCCACCCUACUGGGACGAGCUGGGAGCUGCCGCAAAGGAACAAAACAAUCGGAAAAGUCAGGAAGUCCAGCCUAGCUCUGACACUUCAACUGUAAAACACAUUCAAUCCAAUCUGAUGAAAUGUGAUUUUUAUUAAAGCAGUAAUAAGUGUUCACGCCUCAUAGAAGAGAACAUCAUCAUCGGAGAACACUGUUUUUGUUCAAAUAGUGAUUGUUAGAAUGAACACAAUGGUUUUUGACCUGUCUUUCACCUCUUCUUUUUUUCGCUCCACCAGCUGCAGCAUGCUUCCUCUCUAUCUGGUCCUGCUACUGUCUUUUGGCCAUCAUGGCAAGGAUCCAAAUGUCAGCUGCAUUAUGGUUUAGCUCCUCCUGCACACUGGGAAGAUGAUGGCGUCUGCAGUCUCCACUAGUCCCAGAGGGGGGCGGACCCUAAAUCUUAGCGGCGUAGACCCUGAAACAUGCAUGAUUGUCUUCAAAAACCAUUGGGCACAGGUUUUGAGAAUCCUGGAAAAGCAUGAGCCGACCCGCAACAGUGGCCACCUCCGUUUAAGCCCGAUCUCCAGCGAUGAAGCGAGCGCUGUGCAAAACUAUGUGGAGCACAUGCUGUUCCUCCUGACAGAGGAGGAGUGCGGUGUGGGCGGAGCCAUGGGCCCCAUUCUGGAGUUUGUGCUCCUGGAGAACAUAAUGGAGCGCCUGUUCGUGUGGAGCCUGCGGCGUGACUUUACAGAAGAGGUAAAGCUGGAGCAGUUGUGUAUGUACGAGAUGCUGGUGACACGGGCACGCCAGCCCAUGCUGCACCACAGGCCUAUUCUGCGCCCGUUCGCCAUGCUGCUUUCCUCCUGCGGUUCCAGCUCUAGUUCAGCGCCGGUGGAGGCCGAGUUAGUGCGACUGCUGCACCGGCUGUGUCACAUGUUGGCACGUGAUGACUCCGCCCUCCAGCUUUUCCUCUUCCACAGUGGCCAGGAUCAGGGUGCUGCCAACUUCCUGCUCUUCUCGCUGCUCUUGCCUUUCGUGCACCGUGACGGGCCGGUGGGUGCGCAGGCCCGUGAUGCUCUCGCGCUCAUUGUGGCGUCUUCAGCGCGCGACAUCACCCUGGCUGAUCACAUCACCCAAAACACCUAUUUCUGCCCGGUAUUGGCCACAGGCUUGAGUGGUCUGUAUUCCUGGCUUCCAGCUAAGCUCGAUGACUGCAGUGAGGGAUGGCACUGUUUGGAGGAAGUGGAUUGGAUGCAGAUUCCGGCGCUCAUACAGUUCCUCAACUCUCUACACUUCUGUAGCACGGUGUGUAAGGUGGCGCAUCACUCUGUCAGAGAUCAGCUGCUUGGGUACAUCUAUAACGGUUUCCUUGUGCCAGUCAUGGCUCCUGCACUCCACAAGCUGACUUUGGAGGAAGUUAUGACCACGACAGCAUAUCUGGAGCUCUUUUUGCGGCACAUCUCUGACCCCGCCCUCCUCCAGACCUUUCUUGUUUUCGUCUUCAAGCAUCGUCAUGACAACGUCAACGUUCUUGACACACUCGUCAGCAGGAUCAACACUCCUUUUCAGUUGGGAACAAUAUCUCUGGCACUGUUUCGCACUUUAAUCGGUCUGUACUGUGAGGACAUCAUGCUAGAGCUCAUUCUCAGGUAUCUCAUUCCGUGUUCUCACCUGCAACGCAAAGGUCAGCGUAGACUCAGAGAGCGAGACUGCUACUCUUCUAGCGCUGCUGCUUUUAUCUCUCUCACUCCCUCGUUCCUCAUGGACAGACCCUGUACCUCUCCAACAAUGCCCCCUAAACCAGACUAUGUCCUCUGGUCAAAGGUCACCGAAGAGCUGCUGAUGGGAAAGACGGGGUUUGAGGACCUUUCUCUUGGUCUGGAAGGUUUUAGAAAUUCCUACUGGAUGACCUCUGAGCCAGUGAUUUACAAAAACUACCUCCAGUACCUGAAUGACGCACGGAGCAUGAUCAGCACCAGCAUUCAGGCAUGUCAGCUAUGGUCAGCCCCCUACAAUGGACUCAAUCCGUCGCCUGAGGACUACCAAGCAGUGGAGGAACUUGUGGAACAGGAAGAUGGAGAGAAGGACGAAUAUGAAUGUCCGCCUCUUUCCACACCUCCACUCCAGUCCCCGACACCGCCUCGCACUGUUUCAAGUCGGACACCAGAGCUGGAGUGGGACAACACUUUUGACGCCGCUCCCGAUGGAGAGGAAAAGCAGGAUUUCCAUUUUGCAGGGAGACUUCAACCUCCGCAACACAUUCAGGAGAUGAGGAAAAGCGCCAUCGUGUUAAUUCGCGGGUCUUACGUUGAAGAGUCAGACUUUCAGGAUGAUGUACUGGUUUAUAAUCUUAUCGCACAGAGGGAUACACGAGAUGACCGGAGCGUGUCAUUGAAAAAUGCUCCCAGGAGUGAAAAUCACAAGAUAAUAGAAACUGAAUCAAACGACAACACACGUUUUUACACCAAGGAUAGUACACAGGAUGACGUAAACAAAAAGGUACAAAAUCAGGGAUUUGAAGACGCUUUAUUUCUAUUAAACGGACAUUCUGAUGGGGAGAAUACAGACAAAUGUGCUCAUCUUCAAGAGGACCAGAAAGCGGUUUUGGAAGAGCAAGAUCAGGAGACAUCUAAUAUCCUGUCGGUGCAAUAUACUGAACAGGACUUUGUUUCCCAGUGCCUCCAGCUUGUUAACUGGGAUAAACACAGCAUGAUGGGAGAUAAUGUUUAUUUCCAGAGGUUAACUGCGGUCUUGUAUGGUGAAGAAACGGAACUUGACUUUAAUUCAAUUUGCACUGAUGAUGAAGAUGAAGAAACAAAAGGAGAAGAAGAUGGUGAUGGAAAGAAACAUGGCCCAUUUACAGGCCCGUUCAUCAGCGUGCUGCUCUCUCGUCUGGAGAACAUGCUGGAGAAUCCCCUAGAGGUGAACCUGCUGGUGACGGGAAUCCUGGCUCAACUGGCAGCGUACCCACAGCCCCUGCUGCGCUGCUUCCUGCUCGACACCCAAACCGUCUUCCAUCCCAGCGUCCGCUCUCUUUACCAGGUGCUGGUUUCUGUGGGUUGCCAGAUUGAGCAGCACGCAACCUCUAGGCCUGAGUUUGCUCAGAUGGUACGAGACACCGCUUACUACCUGCUGCUUAGAGAUGAAGCCCUAAAGGAUAGAGAGCGGGAUUUCCUGCAGGAAAACAGACUCGGCUGGUUUCUCGACGGCCACGUCUCCGGGCGGCUGCUGAAAUCUCUUCCUCCGUGUCCCAACAUUCCUCCUCAGUCCAGGAACGCCGUGUUUGCCGCAUUCCUCUACGCUGAGUUCCUGAAGGAGUUGGCGGCCAUCGCACAGGAACACUCCAUCCGCCCGGACUUACUCACUGAGGACUACACUUGCACGAACUGCAGCAACGUUAUCACCCUGCAACUAUUCCAGCCAACUAGAGACUAGAAUCGGCACAACACCAGCCAAUCAGAAACUGGAGGCGGGCAGCUUCGGACUGUCUGUUUUCUGAUUGGCUCGCCAGUUCUCCACUUCUACUUUGAAUUCACGCCUGGAAGCUGCAUCGUUGCGUGCGUUAGUCUGUAUGUUAUGGUGUAGAAAAUGCAUUUAGCAUUUGUAAAUUUUUCCGAACACCCUAAGUGUACUGUAUUGUAACAC